CCAAGAAUAAUACAACAUCCGAAAAGUGUUAAUAUUAUCUAUGGAAAAACACUUACACUGCAAUGUAAUGGAACUAGUAGUCCUAUCGCUAACGUAACUUGGCUGAAAGAUGGCAAUCCACUGACAAGUUAUGAUGAUAUAAAGUUAAUUGAGAACUUUUACGUUUAUAGUCGUCUGACUAUAUCAAAUAUAACUACACAAGAUGAAGGAUUAUAUCAAUGUCGUUACGAUAAUAUAAUAGGAUCAAUCACUAGCGAAGUCGCCACUGUUGCGAUUUACGAUCAUCCAAGAAUAAUACAACAUCCGAAAAAUGUUAAUAUUAUCUAUGGAAAAACACUUACACUGCAAUGUAAUGGAACUAGUAGUCCUAUCGCUAAAGUAACUUGGCUGAAAGAUGGCAAUCCACUGAUAAGUUAUGAUGAUCUGAAGUUAAUUGAGAGCUUUUACGUUUAUAGUCGUCUGACUAUAUCAAAUAUAACUACACAAGAUGAAGGAUUAUAUCAAUGUCGUUACGAUAAUAUAAUAGGAUCAAUCACUAGCGAAGUCGCCACUGUUACGAUUUACGAUUCACCCCGAAUUGUUCAGUAUCCAACAAAUACGUUUGUGUAUGAAGGCAACUUGACAAUGCUAGAAUGUAAUGGAACAAGCUCACCGAUAUCUACUGUUACUUGGUUAAAAGAUGGCAUAGCUCUUCAAAAUUAUAAAAAUAUAACGAUAAUAGAAAAAUUUUAUACGUACAGUCGUCUUGUAAUACCAGAAGUAUCUAAUAAUGACAUCGGGAACUAUCAAUGCCAAUACAAUAACUUUUUAGGAUCAGCAACGAGUAAUAAGACGUUUAUAGAUUUGAUAGGUAAGUUAAUUUGGUUUGAAAAUGUAUUAAAACGAUAUAUUGCAAUAGAUGUAACCGAUACGCCAUAG